CACUCUCCACCCAUCAUGAGUCUCACCGCAGCUGCCCACUAUCCCCUCUCCCAUCCCCACCACCACCAACACCACCACUUCCCACCACAGAACAUCUCGGGAGCCGCACUACCAACACCCCCCUCCUCGCCCUACGCACCCUACCACGUCGAGUCCACGAUCAGUCUCCUCGAGUCACUCACCGCAUUUUAUCACGAAGAGCGCAUGUGGGUCUAUCGCACUCGCGCGUCAUUGGAGCUCAUGGUCCAAGGCAAAUCGUUCAUACCUGACCUCGGUACCUCCGACGAUAUCGUCGCCUCCUCUUCCACGGAUCCAACCAUCUCUGCCUCCCCUUCGAGUUCAUCCAGCACAGGACCUAUAUCAGAAUCGUUGUCAUCAACCACGACCACGAUCGCAGCAGACGAGGAUGACACUCACCACAUGGAUAUGGGCGUCAAACAGGAGCCUCAUAGUCCGUCCAUGAACUCGCCCGGUCAGUCCAAGUGGAUGCAGCGUAAAAAGAGCUACCGGCUCAAGCUCGAAGGGCUCUCCUUCACGCGUGUCGUGGGGGGAAGAGUGAGCAAGGAUAGAGCCAAUGGCUCGAUGGUGCAGCGCAAGCAGCAGCGUGAUUCAGGUGUGCAGAUUCUGGAGCUCUUUGAAAAAAUGAUGCAGGCGAGGAUGGAGAGCUGCGAAAGGGUAACAAAAAUGGUUAGAAAUGCCAAUGCAUGUGGGAUGUCGGGAACGGCGAACGUUAACAUCAUGGGUUCAGGGAGAGUCAACGUCCGAGUGAUGUGAGUUGCCGUUGUCUUUUGCAGUAAACUUGUAUCCGUCGUUAUUAUUUUCCAGUAGAUGCAUACGAAUAAUGUAGCAACUUGUAGUUUUAGUAUUUAAGCAUUAUUUUAUCCUGUAAAUCAGUACACAUGGGCAUUGACGUCAACAAUGAUAUUCAUUUUUUGCUCAA